CCUCCCUCAUUUCCUUUUUCUCCUACGAAUCAUGAUCUCCCCUUUAAAUUCUACCUCGCUUUCCUCUCCUUCUCUCUUCCCAUUUCCAAAAAUAAAUAGAUCAAAGAAGACGCCCACAGUAUGCAUAGAAACUAAGAAGAUAAUACGAAGAACAAAAUGGGAGAAAUUGGAGUUUUUGCAUCUAUAGUCGCUGGAGAUACCUUCAAAUACUACUCAGAAGGCGAAUGGAGGGUUUCUUCCUCCGGAAAAUCUGUUCCGAUCAUCAACCCAACCACCCGAAAGACCCAAUUCGAAGUCCAAGCAUGUACACAAGACGAAGUGAACAAGGUGAUGGAAUCAGCAAAAAUUGCCCAAAAGUCAUGGGCUAAAACGCCUCUAUGGAAAAGAGCAGAAUUGCUACAUAAAGCUGCAGCUAUUCUUAAAGAUCACAAAAAGCCGAUAGCUGAAUGUCUUGUUAAAGAGAUUGCCAAACCAGCCAAAGAUGCUGCUACUGAAGUUGUGAGGUCUGGAGAUUUGGUGUCAUAUUGUGCUGAAGAAGGUGUUAGAAUCCUUGGUGAAGGAAAGUUUUUAAUGUCAGAUAGUUUUCCUGGAAAUGAAAGGACCAAAUAUUGUCUAACAUCAAAGAUUCCUUUAGGCGUUGUAUUAGCAAUCCCACCCUUCAAUUAUCCAGUCAAUUUGGCUGUUUCAAAGAUUGCUCCUGCUCUUAUUGCAGGCAACUCCCUUGUACUCAAGCCUCCUACACAGGGUGCAGUGUCUGCACUCCACAUGGUACAUUGCUUUCACUUGGCUGGUUUCCCAAAAGGUGUCAUUAGUUGUAUUACUGGAAAAGGUUCAGAGAUUGGUGACUUUCUCACAAUGCAUCCCAUAGUUAAUUGUAUAAGCUUCACGGGUGGAGACACGGGAAUUGCAAUCGCAAAAAAAGUGUCAAUGAUUCCAUUACAAAUGGAAUUAGGUGGAAAAGACGCAUGCAUUAUCCUUGAGGAUGCAGAUUUGGAUUUGGCUGCAUCCAAUAUUGUCAAAGGAGGCUUCUCUUAUAGUGGUCAACGAUGCACGGCUGUUAAAGUUGUGUUGGUGAUGGAAUCCGUAGCGGAUAUUCUCGUGAAAAAAGUCAACGAAAAAGUUGGAAAGUUGACCGUGGGCCCCCCCGAGAACGAUUGUGACAUCACUCCCGUGGUUACGGAAUCGUCUGCAAAUUUUAUAGAAGGUUUGGUUAUGGAUGCAAAGAAAAAAGGAGCAACAUUUUGUCAAGAGUAUAAGAGAGAAGGUAAUCUUAUAUGGCCACUUUUGCUUGAUAAUGUCAAACAAGACAUGAGAAUAGCAUGGGAAGAGCCAUUUGGACCCGUGUUGCCUAUUAUAAGGAUUUCUAAUGUUGAAGAAGGGAUUCAUCAUUGUAAUGCAAGCAAUUUUGGACUUCAGGGUUGCGUAUUUACAAAAGACAUCAACAAAGCAAUGUUGAUAAGUGACGCGAUGGAGACGGGUACGGUUCAAAUAAAUUCAGCACCGGCUCGAGGACCUGACCAUUUCCCUUUCCAGGGUUUGAAAGAUAGUGGGAUUGGUUCGCAAGGAGUGACAAAUAGUAUUAACAUGAUGACAAAAAUCAAAAGUACGGUGAUCAACUUGCCCACUCCUUCGUACACAAUGGGAUAGUAGAAGUUAGAGGGGAACACUUUUGGUGAAGGUCGUUUGUAUAUAAGCUUAUGUGAAGUGUUGAAGAGGGUGAUAUUAUGGUAUUAUGUAAUCUUGGUGUUUGAAUAAUGAUUUUGUUAAAUGGCAAAGGAGAAAGUUGACUUGAACAUUUGGGUUCUUUUUUUAAGGCCCUUUGAGAAUAAUGUAUCUUGAACUAGAUAUCACUUGUAUCAUCUAAUAAGGGUGAGUAAUGUUUGGUUUUCAAAACCAAUUUAUAAUAAUACCCCUUUUUAACUCUAAAAA